CCUAGGCGAGCUUGGGCGAGUUGGGCGCGAGAUCGGGGAGAAGCGUCCAAAAUGGCAGCGUUUUUGUUCGUGUUUCGCCGCCGGCGUAGGUACUUAGACCACGCCAAUGCGUUUGACAUGGAUGACGUUGAUUUUCAACGACACUAUCGCCUCUCGAAAGACGUUGUAAGGUGGCUGUGCGACGAACUGCGUGACGAUCCUGGCUUGAGACGGUGGAGCCGUGCACGGACCGUCGUCACCGUUGAACAGCAAGUCCUCGUGGCGUUGCGGUUUUUCGCGACGGGAAGCUACCAGGGGUUGGUGGGGAGCGACCGAAAUCUCUCCGUCCACCAGACUACGGUGAGCUCAGCCGUCCGUGCCGUGGCCGUAGCCAUCGUUCGCCGCCUGGGCCCCGCGUGGGUCGCUUUCGCCGAGACCGUGGAAGAACGUGCGGCCACACAGGAAGCCUUCCUGCGACGAGGCACCCUCCCGGGCGUCGUUGGGUGCGUCGACGGGACGUUUGUGGCCAUCAAGGGUCCGUCACGGUUCGACCGAACCGUCACCAAGGCGUUGUAUUGGUGUCGCAAGCUCCACUACGCGCUAAACGUCAUGGUGGUGUGCGACGCCAACAUGCGAAUCCUGGCAGUCGACCCUUCGAUGCCUGGCUGCUCACAUGACGCCCUUGUGUGGAGGCAGUCUUGGGUGCGGCAGCAGUGCAUCGCUGGCAGGCUCAUCAGGCACGGGGAGUACCUACUCGGAGACAGUGGGUACCCGUUGGAGCCAUGGCUCAUGACUCCCGUGCCUGGCCGGCCAGCUGUCUCCACACCUGCCGGGCGUUACAACGCUGCCCACGCCUCAAUGAGGUCGGUGGUGGAGCGCUGCAUUGGGCUGCUGAAGAGUCGUUUUCGAUGCGUGCAAAAACACCGGGUUCUUUACCACCAUCCAAGGAUCGCCGGCACGAUCGUGGCAGCCUGUGCAGUGCUCCACAACAUCUGCCUCAGCGCAGGGGAAUCAGAUCCGGGAUCAUCGUCGUCGGAAUCCGAGUCAAGCAGCGGCUCUGACGAUGACAGCGAGGCAGACGAGAGCAGUGACGCAGCACGAGAGCGCAGAAUCCUGCAGUCGAGGCGCCUCUACAUUGAGGGUAAGGCCAUGCGGGACCAGCUUGUGCUUGGAGCUACCACAAGUCAUGUGCGUCGUGUACGUCGCCGGCUUCACCGGAUCCGCCAUCGUGGCCGCCACCAGUGAUGGUCUCAUACU